CAUAACAUUAGUGUAAUGUGCGGUCAGGAGAAUAAAGCUAUGAGUGUGCAAGAUACAGUGGAAAUGUUGACACAUGAGUGUAUUGAACUCAAGAGAAUACUAACUGCUACGAGUGAUGAUAGGGAGAAGGAAAAAAUUGUCCUCAAGCAUAUCAUCAGUAGAGCCAACAGUGAUUUACAUAUCAACGACAUUCAAAAAGGACUUGAGUGGUUCAAUGUCUCCGAGGGAUUAUCAGUGUCGAAACAUUUGGCUGGGAAAAUUGUUAUUCUCGACUUUUUCACUUACUGCUGUAUCAAUUGUAUGCACAUACUCCCGGAUCUUGAGGCGGUGGAGAAGAAAUAUACGGUUGAAGACGGUUUGAUUAUUAUUGGCGUUCACAGCGCAAAAUUUUCCAACGAGAAAGAUUCAGCUAAAAUUUUGUCCGCUGUACAGAGAUACAACAUACUACAUCCAGUAGUGAACGACGCGAAAUUAUCCAUGUGGAGGGAUAUUGGAAUAAGUUGUUGGCCGAGUCUAGUAAUUCUUGGUCCCGAAGCCCAGCCCCUGGUUGUCCUUGUUGGUGAAGGCCACCGUGAAGAGCUCUUCCUCUACACAAAAGUCGCCCUAACGUACUUUAAAUCCCACAAUGCAAUACGCAAUCACGAUCUCCCUGUACGGCCAGCGCAGCAUCUCCUCCCAGCAUCGACUAAAGAAAAUCUCCUCUUUCCCGGUAAAGUUAUCGGUUACGAGGACAAGAACGAGGACAAAAUGAUCGUCUCGGAUACCGGAAAUAACAGAAUAAUUAUCAUGAGACUCGAUGGGACAGUGGAGCACGUAAUUGGCGGGUAUUCACCGGGAAUGAAGGAUGGGAGUUUCGAGGUAGCUAGAUUCAACGCUCCCCAGGGUAUCUGCAAACGUGGUGACUCAAUUUACGUAGCUGAUAACGAGAAUCACGCUAUCAGGCUCAUUGAUUUGAAGAGUAAAAGUGUAACAACUCUUGUUGGAACUGGUUCUCAAGGGCAUGAUUAUCAAGGUGGUAAAAUUGGCAAGGUGCAGGCUAUAUCAUCACCUUGGGACGUUGCAAUUUAUGAUUAUAGGGAGAAUGAGCAAGUAUUGCUUAUUGCGAUGGCUGGUACACAUCAGAUUUGGGCAUUGUUUCUUCAGGACACGGUUUGGUGGAAGAAUAAAGAAUACAAGAGUGGAAGCUGUGCAGCAAUCGUUGGGAAUGGCCGAGAGGCGAAUAGAAAUAACACAUAUCCUCAUGCCGCAAGUUUAGCUCAGCCCUCGGGUCUCGCAAUUUCUCCCGAUUUAAAAAUCUUGUUUUUCGCCGACAGCGAGAGCAGUUCGAUCCGAAAAAUCUAUCUACAAGAUGGUCGAGUCGCUCCCCUCGCUGGAGCCGAUAAAAAUCCACAAGAUUUGCAUAAUUUUGGUGAUAUUGACGGCGUGCAAUAUACCGCAAAGUUUCAACAUCCACUGGGAGUUACUUGGGACAGUAAACGAGAAGUUGUGUACGUUGCUGACACUUAUAAUCACAAAAUUAAGCAAAUUGAUUUAAUUGGCAAAUGCACAACCCUCUACGGAGCCGGGAAACCGAGUAAGAAUCACGUGUUCGAUGAGCCGAGUGGCUUGGGACUGCUAGCUAAGCACAAUCUACUUUUAAUUACUGAUACCAACAACCAUUGCAUUAAAAUUAUUGACUUGGAAACCAAAGUAAUAAAUACGAUAUCGGACUUGAAAUAUCCAAUAAAAGCCGUCCGCCGUUUUGACAAAAUCCUGAACUUUUUUACCGAAAUAAGUAACAAAGAAGCAGUAAUGACGAUAUCGUUUGCGACUAAGUUCACCGCUGGUGUAGAAUUCAACACAGACGCACCGCAAAAAUGGUCAUUAAGUCAUCCCGAAACAUGGACGUCCGAGAAUCCAAUGGGAUCACUCACCACACCAAUUAACCUAGAACUCCCAGAGGAUGAUACUCCAGAAGAGCUAUGCAUAACAAUUAACUAUGUUGCCUGUACGGAGGGUCAGUGUAUUCCAAGAAGAUUGAAAAUUCUCCAUCAAGUUGUACGUAAGGCAGAUGCUUCAAUCAAUAUUCAACAAACUAAUGAAAUUGAAAUUAUGUAAAUAAAUGCCCCCAAUGAAAUCACGCAUUAAAAAAAAUAUACCUAUUCUGCGAUUCUAUAAAUAUCUAAUGAUUGACGACUAAUCAUACAUUUUUUUAUACAAAGAUAAAGAAUUUCACAAGAUUUGAAAUAUUUGAAUGAAAGAAUAAAAAAUCUAAAUCUAGGAAAAAUCAUGGUUCAAUUGUAUAGGAUGAAAACAAAUAAAAUAACUGACUGUUAAAAAA